AUGGCUCUGAAGGUAGAAAACCGUGUCGAAUUGAAUCAGAAACAAUUAAAGAGAAAUGUUAUAUGCAACAAAAAGAAAAAGAUUGCAAAAGCUAAGCCACAAAUUGAUAAAUUGGAACCAAAGCAAAAGUCAUACAGAUUCGCUGGUAGUGAUUUGGUAAAUCAACCUGAAUAUUAUCAAUUAAGAACAAGAAAAGCAAUAAUUAGUAUAGAUAUUGAUUUUGACAUAUUAUUCUCGCGCUUCAGUUGUUGUCAUUGUCGUUUCUGGUUCUUGAUGAUGUCACCAUGCCAUGGUUAA